UGGUGCGGCUGCGGGGCUGGUGCGCCGAGCGCGACGAGAAGCUGCUCGUCUACGAGUACCUCCCCAACCGCAGCCUCGACGCCUUCCUCUUCGACGCAAGCAAGAGCGCGCAGCUGGACUGGAAAACCCGGCACAGCAUCAUCCUGGGCAUCGCGCGCGGGCUGCUCUACCUGCACGAGGACUCGCUGCUCAAGGUCGUCCACCGGGACCUCAAGGCCAGCAACGUGCUCCUCGACAACAAGAUGAGGCCCAAGAUCUCCGACUUCGGCAUGGCCAAGAUCUUCGAGGACGAGUGCAUCGAGGUUAACACCGGCCGCGUCGUCGGAACCUACGGGUACAUGGCGCCGGAGUUCGUGAUGGAGGGCGUGUUCUCGGUGAAGUCGGACGUGUUCAGCUUCGGGGUCCUUCUCAUCGAGAUCCUCGGCGGCAAGCGGAACGGCGCGCUCUACCUCGAGGAGCACGAGCAGACCCUCAUCCAAGACGCAUGGAAGAGCUGGACGGAGGAGAAGGCGGCCGAGUUCAUGGACCCGGCGCUGGGGCGGGCCUACUCCAAGGAGGAGGCGUGGCGGUGCUUCCACGUGGGGCUCCUCUGCGUGCAGGACGACCCGGAGCUCCGGCCGACCAUGUCCAGCGUACUGCUCAUGCUCAUCAGCGACCACAUGGACCUGCCUGCGCCGGCCAGGCCGCCCAUGUUCACCCGGCUGAGGACCUUCCCGGCGGCGAUGAUCCCCUUCUCCACCAAGACCGAGUCCACCUUCUCGCCCCAGUCCAUCAACGACGUCUCCAUCACCGUCGUCGAGCCGCGAUGAGGUUGAUGGCGCCCUUUUGUUGUUGUGUACAUACUGCUAGCAGCUGAAAUGUUCUUCCAGAAGGCUGGCCGCCGUUGGAUUUUUGUAGUUAUGGUGAAAGUGCGUACACACCGCGGCACAAAGCUUCGUGCAGACGGUGACAGAGUGAGAUCCAUGGCGAAUUGGGUACACAUGAUUGGGUUGUUUUUCCCGUUGAUUAAUUCCUGUGUCAAGAAAAGAAAA